CAAUAUCAAUAUUCGUUUUGGAAAUGACCUUUCAGAUGCUAUACAAGUGUUGGAUGAAGACUGUUUUACUAUACCAGCUUCUUUGAAUGAACUGGAGAUAAUUUGGGCAGAAUACAGUCUGGCUCAGGAGAAGAUUCGAAGUUGUCAGGAUGUGAAUGAAGGGAGUAUUUUGGUAGCCGAAAGAAAUGAAGUACAACAGAAGCUGUACAUGGCAGUAGAAAUUUUUAUCCUGGAAGUUGAUGAGUUACCUCUUAAUAAACGCUUGAAAACACUGCAGGAUUUGUCAGCCUCUCUAGAAGCAGUGUAUGGACAAGCCAAAGAGGGGACAGACUCUGAAGAAAUACUUAAGAAAUUUUAUGACUGGAAGUGUGAUAAAAGAGAAGAAAUCACCAGUGUUAGAAGUGAAACAGAGGUUUCUCUGCAGCGUCUCGUAUCAUGGUUCCAGAGCACCUUAAAGGCCUUUGAUCUCUCUGUGGAAGAAUCACUGACUUCUGAAGACACAAUUGGUAAUAUUGAUGAACUCCUGGAGAACACUGAGUCAAGUGUCUGCAAAGAGCUAGAGAUAUCUCUCAUUGAGCAAGGUGAUGCAGACAAGGAGAUCAUUUUCAAUACGUAUAGCCAGGUACUACAAAGGAUCCAUUCAGAGGAAAGGCUUAUUGCCACAGUACAAUCCAAGUACAAGGACAGUGUUGAGUUUAAGAAGCAGGUUAUUGAAUGUUUAAAUGAGAGCCCCAACGUGGAUCACUUGCUGUCCAUUAAAAAGACACUGAAAAACUUGAAGGCUCGACUGAGAUGGAAAUUAGUUGAAAAGAAUAAUUUGGAAGAAUCUGAUGACCAUGAUGGAUCUGAGAUUGAGAUAAUAAAGCAAGAAAUAACUCAAUUGCGGAAUAGUGUCUUUCAGGAAAUUUAUCAUGAGCAGGAGGAAUAUGAGAAGCUGACUAGCUUGGUAAAGAAAUGGUUCCCUGAGCUUCCUCUGCUUCAUCCUGAAAUAGGAUUACUCAAGUACAUGAACUCUGGUGGUCUUCUUACGAUGAGCUUGGAAAGGGAUCUUCUUGAUACUGAGCCCAUGAAGGAACUUAGCAGCAAGCGUCCUUUGGUAUGUUCUGAGGUUGACGGGCAGAUAAUUCUUUUAAAGGGCUAUUCUGUGGAUGUUGAUACAGAAGCCAGGGUGAUUCAGAGAGCAGCAGCCUAUCACAGAGCUUGGAAAGAAGCUAAAGAACAGUCUGGGUUGCUACCAUUGAUAUUCCUAUUUUUAUGUAAGUCUGAUCCUAUGGCUUAUCUGAUGGUCCCAUACUACCCUAGAGCAAAUCUGAGGGCUAUUCAAUCCAGCAUGCCUUUAACUUCAGAAGAGGCUUUAAAGGUGAUGAAAGGUGUCGCGCAGGGUCUGCAUACCUUGCACAAGGCUGACAUCAUUCACGGAGCACUUCAUCAGAACAACGUUUUUGCUUUAAACCGUCAGCAAGGAAUUGUUGGAGAUUUUGACUUCACCAAAUCUGUGAAUCAGCGAGCCUCAGUCAGCAUGAUGGUUGGUGAUUUGAGUUUGCUGUCACCUGAACUGAAGAUGGGAAAGCCUGCUUCUCCAAGUUCUGACUUGUAUGCUUAUGGCUGCCUUUUACUGUGGCUUUCUGUUCAAAAUCAGGAACUUGAGACAAAUGAGGAUGGAAUCCCAAAAGUGGAUCAGUUUCAUUUGGAUGAUAAUGUCAAAUCCCUCCUUUGUAGCUUGAUAUAUUGUAGAAGUUCAGUUACUGCUGAGCAGGUUUUGAAUGCUGAAUGUUUCUUGCUACCAAAGGGGAAAUCAGCUCUGAACACAGAAAAAGAUACUGAAUACACCCAAAAGAAAGAGGAAGAAUUAAAGGUGGAGAACUUGGAUAAAAAUAAGUAAAAGAUGAGAAAUGGUGAAACCAACCUUGAUUGAUAGAUUAGUAUUCUUUUGUUGUUGCAGAUAUUCCUUUUAAAAACUUGUUUAGUUUGGUUAAAUAAACAGAAAAGAGUCUGGAAGUGUUCUGGAGCUAGUUGGGUUAUGUCUUUGGUAUUCCAGUUGUGAAAAAUAAAAGAUAUUUGGCUAUGCAAAAAA